AUGGGAGCUAGGAUAUACGUGCGUGACUCUGGGCCGAAUACUCGAGGACCAGUGCGUGCGAAGCCUGCACCCGGACAGCAGUUGAUAGGUGGCGGUGUUGGUGGUGGUGGUUUUAUUACUGACAGUGUAGGUGGAAGCUGCGGCAAUGGUGGUGGUGUUAUUACUGAGACUGUUGGUGGUAGCUGCGGUGAUGGUAGUGGUGAUGGUGGUGGUGGUUUUGGUAGUGAUGGUGAUAGUUGUGGUGGUGGUGGUAUUUGUAGAGGUGGUGGGCGUGGUGGUGUUGCUAGUGCUAGUGGUGGUAGUGGUGGUGGUAUUUGUAGAGGUGGUGGUGUUGGUGGUGGUAUUCGUAGAGUUGGUGGUGGUGUUGCUAGUGCUGGUGGUUUUGGUAGUGGUGCUGGUAGUUGUGGUGAAGGUGUUAUUUGUAGAGGUGGUGGUGGUGGUGGUGGGAUACAAAACUACCCAAUAUAA